GAAGCCGGCUGCCUCCACGCACAGGCACAUCCCUUUGGCGGAUGCGUUAGUGUUUUCCUUACACUUUUACAGUAAAGAGCGUCUUUUUAAACGGAAAACAUGGCGACAAGACCGGGAUUCUACCGGCAAGAAUUAAACAAGACUGUCUGGGAGGUGCCAGAACGAUACCAGAACCUUACACCGGUUGGAUCGGGGGCAUAUGGCUCAGUAUGCUCAGCAUAUGACGUGCGCCUUCGUCAGAAAGUGGCCGUGAAGAAGCUCUCCAGGCCUUUCCAGUCCCUCAUCCACAGCAGAAGAACAUACAGAGAACUGAGACUACUCAAACACAUGAAGCACGAGAAUGUUAUUGGACUGCUGGACGUUUUCACUCCGGCAGCUUCUCUCGAGGAAUUCAAUGAGGUCUAUCUAGUGACCAAUCUGAUGGGAGCAGAUCUUAACAACAUUGUCAAGUUUCAAAGACUUUCAGACGAACACGUACAAUUCCUCAUCUAUCAGCUUCUUCGGGGCCUUAAGUACAUCCAUUCAGCUGGACUGAUACACAGAGACUUAAAGCCAAGCAAUGUAGCCGUGAAUGAAGAUUGUGAACUUAGGAUCCUCGAUUUUGGGUUGGCCAGACAAACAGAUGAUGAGAUGACGGGCUAUGUGGCGACUCGUUGGUACAGAGCACCAGAGAUCAUGCUUAACUGGAUGCAUUACAACCAGACAGUGGAUAUCUGGUCUGUCGGAUGCAUCAUGGGUGAGCUUCUGAAGGGGAAGGUUUUGUUUCCUGGCAACGAUUAUAUAGAUCAGCUAAAGAGAAUCAUGGAGGUUGUAGGCACUCCAACCCCGGACGUAUUGAAGAAGAUAUCUUCCGAACACGCUCAGAAGUACAUCCAGUCUCUUCCGCACAUGCCGCAGCAGGACCUGGGGAAGAUAUUUAGAGGGGCAAAUCCACUGGCGGUUGAUCUGUUGAAAAAAAUGCUGGUAUUAGACUGUGAUGGACGGAUUUCCGCCAGUGAAGCGCUGUGCCAUCCAUACUUUUCCCAGUACCAUGAUCCAGAAGAUGAACCAGAGGCACCUCCAUACGAUCAGACCCCUGAGAGCAAGGAUCGCACAAUGGAGGAGUGGAAGGAGCUAGUGUUUGAGGAAGUAAGCAAUUUCAAAGAUCCUCCCAAUAAACCCGAAAGUCUUCAGGUUGAACAAUAAAACUGAGCGCAACUACAAUCCAGGACGAUAUACAGUACUGCCCUCUCCUUCUUUUGAACAUGCAAACUACAGGACUGGUGGACAUAAGAACAGACUGCAGUUCAGCCAGACGAGACGAUGACAAUGUAUUUCCAAGGCAUGACGCCCUUCCUGUAUGUGGCUGUGUGUUUGUACACUUAAGAGCAAAACAUGACUGGUAUUGUUGGACACAAUGUAUUGUAAAGUAUUACAAAGUGCAUGUCGCGUGUGUGCGUGCGUAUGCGCAGAGUUGUGUGUUUUGAGUGUUUUUAUAUUUGAUGUGAGACAGGUUGGUGAAGCAGGGUAUGGUGUCUUUCAUAUAAGACCAAAACAAACUAAUAAGCCGGAGAAGCAGGCCGAGCUGGAGAGAAAAUAUGUUUACAAUGUUGGACAGAGUGGGAUGUGUGUCUUAAAACAUUCAUAUAUGCAUCAGUGUACAAAAGUCUCUGCAUAAAAUUGAACCAGUUGCAUAAUCUGGCUUUACUCAUUUCAAAGUUCUCUGAAUAUAACAUACCUCGAAUGCAUUGUGUGUGUGUUUGUGUUUGCAGCUGAUUUGCACGUCAAGGGUGAAAAUGAAAAAAUAGAGAUCAUCCUAGAGUGCACAACACAAUCAAAUACCAAAUCUUUCAUCGCUAGUCAAAUCCUUUUUAAAAUUAAUGACUGAAAUGAACUGUUAGUGUUGAACGGGUUUACGCUGCAAUGGCAUAAACUGAACAAGCAGUAUUACAAAUGGUUUUUCUUUUCUCAGGUUAUGGACCAAUUUAUUGUAAUAUAUAUUUCCUGUCUAUUUUCUCCGGUGGUUUAAGUCAGUAUUUAUAUCUGUUUGGGUUAAUCUCACAAAUCUAAACUGUCAAGAACAUGUUGGAUCAUCUUUCACCACAAAAUUUUAAAGGAAAUAAUAAAAUUUGCAUGAAGAACA